CGCCUUUUUACGCACUCGCACAUAUUGAAAGAGAAGCAGUGUGCGCACCAAGUUUUAACCAUGAUUAAGAAAAUGACUCCCUCCGAGAGCGACUUUGACAUCCCAGCAAAGAACUGCUACAGGAUGGUGAUUUUGGGAUCCACCAAAGUUGGGAAAACAGCGAUCGUGUCCCGAUUCCUGAACGGGAGAUUCGACGAGCAGUACACGCCGACGAUCGAGGACUUUCACAGGAAACUGUACAGCAUCAAGGGAGACGUAUACCAGCUAGAUAUACUGGAUACAUCAGGGAACCAUCCCUUCCCCGCCAUGAGGAGACUAUCUAUACUGACAGGUGACGUGUUCAUCCUCGUCUUCAGUCUAGACAACAGAGACUCCUUCCAGGAGGUGCAGCGGCUCAAGCACCAGAUUUACGAGACCAAGUCGUGCCUAAAGAACAAAAUCAAAGAGAACAUUGACGUGCCUCUAGUCAUCUGCGGGAACAAGGGUGACCGAGAGUUUUACCGGGAGGUGCAACAGGAGGAGAUCGAGAAGUUGGUGGACGGAGACGAGAAGUGCGCGUACUUCGAGAUCUCCGCCAAGCGCAACGAGAACGUGGAUAAGAUGUUUCAGACUUUGUUUACCUUGGCCAAACUACCUCACGAAAUGAGCCCCGACCUUCAUCGGAAAGUGUCCGUGCAGUACUGCGACAUGCUGCACAGAAAGUCUAUGAAAAACAAGAAGCUGAAGGACAUUGGGGAGGCAUACGGCAUGGUCACUCCGUGCGCCCGGAGACCCAGCGUGCACAGCGAUCUCAUGUACAUUAAAGAGAAGGCUGUAGGAGGAGGCCAGGGUAAAGACAAAGAGAGAUGUGUGAUCAGUUAA